AUGCCUAUUGGUGGAUUUGAGGGACCUUCGCAUGGUGAUGGACCUAGUUUUGUAGGAAUUCGAUUCUGCCCAGAAUGCAAUAAUAUGUUAUAUCCAAAAGAAGAUAAAGAAAGUCACAUAUUACUGUAUGCUGUAAGUUUACAUUUAAACAAAUAUUUAUCAGCAGACAGUAAUUGUAUAUAUGUGAACAAAAUUAUGCACGAAAUUGACGAAUUAACACACAUUGUGUCAGAUGUAAUCUCAGAUCCAACGCUUCCAAGAUCAGAAGAACAUCCUUGUCCAAAAUGCAAUAAUAGACUGGCUGUAUUUUUCCAAGCUCAGACAAGAAGAGCAGAAGAAGAAAUGAGACUUUAUUAUGUAUGCACUAAUCAACACUGCUGUCACAGAUGGACAGAAUAA